AUGGUUGCAGUGGAUGAUCCAGUAACUGAAGGUCCAGAUCCAAAGUCCAAAGAGAUUGGUAGAGCGCAAGGCAUGUACAUAAAUUUACAGUUAGAUGAUAAGGGACUGCACUUGAUGUUUUCUGUUAUUUUCACUGAUGGGGAAUUCAAAGGGAGUACUUUGGAGAUUCAAGGUGCUGAUCUUUUUGCAAUGAAGGAGAGGGAAAUCUCAAUUGUUUCAGGGACUGGUUUUUUUAGAUUUGUUAAAGGUUAUGGCAUUAUGACAACUCACUUUAUUGAUAUUCCUAAUCUCAGAGCCAUUCUUAAGCUUCAUGUUACUGUCAAGCACUAUUGA